AUGGCGGCGGGGAGCAGCCGUGGGGACCCCUUGGCCUUGGGGCCGACACCUUCCCCGGCAGAGGGUCGCUGGGAGGACCGUGAGCUGAGGGCGCAGCUUCCCAGACAAGUGGAACUUAAAAUCUGGUUCUUGCUUUCAUACUCCCCCUCGUGGACUAAGCUGUCAAAAAUAAUUUCAAGGAAAAAGAUUCCUAAACUUUGCUCUGUUCCUUUACAGAUCCAAUUUAAAAUUCUGAGAGGACACAGUGAUACUGUGAGCUCCUGCCAUUUUUGCUUUGAAGACACAAAAAUACUUUCAUGCUCUUAUGAUAGAACAGUGAAGCUCUGGGAUGUUGAGAAAGGUUUUCCUAUUCAAGUGUUUGAAGAAGAACACACUGCCCCAAUUUCUGAGUGCAACUUGACUCCUGAUGACAGAAGGGGACACAGCAAUGCUAUCUCAGAUUGCUGCUUUACCUCUGAUGGUCAUUACUUGUGCACAGCAUCCUGGGACAAAAGCUUAAAAAUAUGGGAUAUAAAGACAGAAGAAUUUCGGUGUCAUGAACCUGUUUCCCUGAACGAAGGACAUGAGGGUUCUGUUAGUUCCUGCCUUUUUAGCCAAGAUGCAUCCCUUGUUGUGUCUGGUGGAUAUGACAACACUAUAGCUAUAUGGGAUACAGAUGCAGGCUAUAAAAAGCUAAGCUUAAAGGGUCAUUUGGACUGGGUGACAGAUGUUGCGAUUAGCAAAAACAAGAAAUGGAUUCUUUCAGCCUCAAAGGAUUCUACUUUGAGAUUGUGGAAUAUUGAAAAGAUGGAUCAUAUUCCUUCAGUGAUAGAAAUCAGAAAAGCAAGAGGCUCAAAAAUUGCUCAGUGUGAAGAAUGUGAAAAAACUUUCUUAUGCCUGCAACGUAGUGACUCUGAAACGAUAUCCAAGUGUGUAUUCUGUCGUCUGUCUUCUCCAGUGAGAAAAAUUUUGCCAUUGCCACCUUCUGUUUCUCCUGAUGUUUAAAUUAAUCUAGCAGUCUUGGGAUGUUAACACAUUUAAGUAUAAACGGAGUAUCUGUACAUCUUUAUGUAAUACACGUAUAAAGCUAAGACUUUCCUCUAACCUUGCUCUACUGUAGUAUUCUGUAUGAAGAAUAAUAAAAUACAUUGUACUAAUCCAUUAAAUAGCUGUGAUAUAUCAAGUAAAGAAUAAAAUCCCCAGGAACAGAAAUCUUACUUAGGCUGCAUGGUACUAGAGAAUAAAAUUACUUACUUGUCCUUUGGGAAAUUUUAAACAAUUUUAAAUGAAUACACUAGUUCUGAGUUCAAUUUACUAAAGAAAAUAUGUGGAUAUGUAAAUUAUUGACAGGUUUCCUUCCGUUCUUUAGAUAAACCAUUCUUCUUUACUAUGGCAAACAAAGAAUCUUUGCUAUCAGUG